AGCCUAUAAUAUGUGAUGACACAUUUCCUGCGUCCUCAGGUAAAGACCCUGAUCUCCCAGGGAGAACCUUGACGUGAAGAAGCUUCAGGAGCUGCUGGUACAGUAUAGAAAAACACAUCGACUUGACCUGACCCCGCUUCUCCAAACCUGUUUUAGGACACACAGAUGCUGGCUGGCUGAGCUGCUGCCCAGUCGCCUCCUCCUCCUCCUCCUCUUCCUCCUCCUCCUCCUCCUCCUCAGGUCCCUCCCACCGCCACCUGGCUCUGCUGCGCACCGCCGACUGGAGGCAGAGAGCCGCUACUCCUGUUCAUCAUCACGCCAACGGAGAGCAGAAAAACAAGGAGCCCCUUGACCGAGGGUGUGUGUGCAUGCAAUUUUUCUCAUAUUUCAAAAAUUUCUACAGACCGACUCGACGUUUUCAAGGAUUUUUGGAGGAAAAGUACAUAAAGGCGGAUAGAGAAACCAGACGAGUGUCCUUGCGCACUAUACUGCAUCCUCCCUCUCCAUCUCUGUCUCCUUCUCUCUCCUCCAGCUCUGCGCUUUUACAACACUGCUCCCAUCCUGAACAUCCCCAGUGACUGAUCACUUUAUUGCUAAAGCCGUGCAGCUGCCCUUCUUCUUCUUUUUGUCGGAGUUUGAACCACAUUUCCGAGCUGCUGGAAGUACACACCGCCAGAGCCAACUGAGAGCUGGAAGGACUCUGCAGCUUCAGUCUUCCAGACACGAGCAGGAUCAUCGAGGGGAGCUCGCAAAGGACUGUCAAAAGGACUGGAAAUUAUUUAGCCCUCUCACACCAACGUACCGCAUGGUGGGAAUUUCUGCCUCUUUUCAGUACCGCACUGGGAAGCGCUCCACCAUGCCCGACUCACCUGCGGACGUCAAGACACAGUCCAGGUUGACCCCUCCUACCAUGCCACCUCCACCCAGCACGCAAGGAGCACCUCGUAACAGCUCCUACACCCCCACCACAUUAACCAAUGGCAGCAGCCACUCUCCCACGGCGCUCAACGGUGCUCCGUCUCCUCCAAACGGCUACAGCAACGGCCCCAGCUCCUCCUCCUCCUCCUCGCUGGCCAACCAGCAACUGCCGCCGGCCUGCGGCGCCCGGCAGCUCAGCAAGCUCAAGCGCUUCCUCACAACUCUGCAGCAGUUUGGCAACGACAUCUCACCUGAGAUCGGCGAGCGGGUCCGCACGUUAGUGCUGGGACUAGUGAAUUCCACGCUAACCAUCGAAGAAUUUCACUCCAAGCUCCAAGAAGCCACCAACUUCCCUCUGCGACCUUUUGUCAUCCCUUUUCUGAAGGCCAACCUGCCGCUCCUACAGAGGGAGUUGCUGCACUGCGCCAGGCUGGCCAAGCAGAACCCGGCUCAGUACCUGGCCCAGCACGAGCAGCUUCUCCUGGACACCAGCACCACCUCCCCGGUGGACUCCUCCGAACUCCUGCUGGAUGUCAACGAGAACGGCAAGAGAAGGACGCCAGACAGAACCAAAGAGAACGGCUUCGAGCGAGAUGGCGCCCUGCACCCGGAUGUUCACCCCAGCAAGCGGCCCUGCACCAUAAGCCCCGCCCAGCGCUUCAGCCCGUCCAAUGGGCUCUCCUACCAACCCAACGGCCUGCCCCACCCGGGCCCGAUCCCUCCGCAGCACUACAGGCUGGAUGACAUGGCCAUCGCCCAUCACUACCGCGACAACUACAGACACCCCGCGUCCAAUCAUCGGGAGGUCCGGGACAGAGCCAGGCCGAUUGGUAUGCAUACAGGGACAAGGCAGGAGGAAGUGAUUGACCACAGGCUGACAGACAGAGAGUGGGCUGAGGAGUGGAAGCACCUUGACCAUGUAAGAAAACUGCUGAACUGUAUCAUGGACAUGGUGGAGAAGACGAGGCGCUCGCUGACAGUACUGCGGCGGUGCCAGGAGGCCGACCGCGAGGAGCUCAACUACUGGAUCCGACGAUACAGCGACGCCGAAGAGCUGAAGAAGGGCGCCGCUAGUGGGCAGUCGAGGCAGCAGAGCCCGGCAGCACAAGAAAAUGCAACACCAGAAAUUCACAGGGAGCUGCUGCACCGGCCCGUGUCUGGCUACGUCCCUGAAGAGAUCUGGAAGAAAGCUGGUACGGGAGGCUUGACUUCCUCUGUCUCCACACUCUUUCCAGAAGAGGCCGUGAAUGAAGUGAAGCGACAGGCCGUGUCGGAGCUACAGAAGGCCGUGUCAGAGGCCGAGCGCAAGGCUCACGAGAUGAUCAGCAGCGAGCGGGCCAAGAUGGAGCGCACGGUAGCCGAGGCCAAGCGGCAGGCGGCCGAGGAUGCGCUCUCUAUAAUCAACCAGCAGGAGGACUCAAGCGAGAGCUGCUGGAACUGCGGCCGCAAAGCCAGCGAGACGUGCAGCGGCUGCAACACGGCGCGCUACUGCGGCUCCUUCUGCCAGCAUAAGGACUGGGAGAAGCACCACCAUGUCUGCGGUCAGACCCUCCAGGCCCAGCAGCAGCAGCAGCAGCAGCAGCAGCAGCAGGCCAGCCAGCAGCAGGGGAGCGUCCCGGGGUCAGAGACCCCCGCUCCCGUCAGCUCCUCCGCCUGCACCCCGAGCAGCGGGACUGGGAGUCCGGCUGCCACCCCGCCUGCUGCUACCCCUCGCUCCUCCACCCCCAGCACCCCGUCCUCCUCCGCCCUGGAUGGCACACCGCGCUAAGAGACUCACGGAGGCGAAGGCCCCCUGGGCUUUUACAGCCAGCCCUCGACCCCACAAACAGCAUGACUGUCCACAUUGCCUUGCAAAGAUACUAAGCUUAACGUGGCUAACAGAAAGAGAAGGCAAUGCUUCUGUCUAUCUUGCAGCGUAGUCAUAUAGAAGGAGGGAGGAGGAGGAGGAGGAGGAGGAGGAGGAAGAGGUCCAUAAUCAGGUCAUAUUGACUUGCCAUGACUUUAAAGAAACACAAAGAUAUUCUUUGUUCUGAAUGAAUGAAUUUAAAUAUUGACAUCCUUUUAUCUUGCUAUUCUUGUUGUCCGUUUGUCGUCGUGCCUGUCGUUGUUAAUGUUGUUGUCAUUGUAGCUUAUCUUAUUUUUUCCUGUAAAUAAUUAAAGAGACUGAGCAGAGAUAGCCGUGAACUCCAGACAAGUAUAUCUGACCUCCCCUUUUUUUUUAAAUGUUUUUAUUUUCCAUCCUUGAAUUAACGCUUAUUUCCUUCCUGUACCUGGGGCAAGAGACGAGUCAACCUCAUUUUACCAAACUAGCUGGCAGAACGAGUGACGGCAUCAAUACUCUGUAAAGAAAGAUAUUUAAAUACCCUGAAAGACAAACCGACGGAUGGAUGGAUAAACAAGUUUGCUGCCUGGAGAGAGGGGAGAGGGAUGGACUGAAUCUCUGGCCCACAGACAGCCAUGAAAACGGGCAGAUGUGCAGCAGAUUGCAAGCAGAGCCAGCUGUUCAACCAAUGUUAUUUCCCUCUCACUUGUAAUAAUAUCCAGGUCAGUGGGCUGGGAAAUACAAACCCGUCGCUCCGAAGGAUGUAAAAAGGAAGAAUUCUUGGACAAGAUACAAAACUUUGCCCGCUGCACAUGUGGAGGAUGUACUGACUACGAUUCACACGUGCACGCUUGUUGUCACAGAAGCUCUCAAACAGGAAUUGAAGUCAUCGGCGAGACCGUCGAAUCACUCGGAGCUGGAAAACUUACAGUAUGGAGAACUCAUUCUGUGCCCCAGACUGCUCCCCUCCUGUCUCAACUCUGAAAAAAACAUUUUCAUCUUUCUCCAUGUUCUUAUUCUUUUUUCUGUAGGUGUCAUGGUGUUUUAAGACUUCUGUCCUGUGGUGUCACCAAUGGUUAUUUAUUGUAUAUGUGUUGGACAAUUGUGACAAUGCAUAGUACUUCAACCAGUCACAACUCCUUCAUAGCUCUCUCUCUCUCUCUCUCUCUCUCUCUCUUUAGCGAAAAGAGAUAAAAAAAAAGAAGUGUUAUCUUUCUUUUUUUUCCAAGCUGCUUUUCUAUUCUGUGUGUAAGUGGUAGAUCCCUCGUAGUUCUAUAAGUUUUACUUCGUCCUCAAGAAAAGACACAAGCUAUAUCUCAGAGCUGCUACUUGAGUCCGACCCAGAUCUUUUCUGAGAACGAGCAUGUUGCGCGGAAUGCUAACCUAAAUGUUUUGUACAAGGGACAUACAUAAUUGUAUUUGCACUGUCACAGAGGUUAUUUCGGCAUGCUUCUUUUCAGCAUACUUGUGUUGUCGGUAUAGAGCCAUAACUCAUCAACCAGUUUGUAUGUAGUGAUAGCAUUAUCUGUUUUCACAUUUUUUGGGAAGGGGGGGAGAAAAGUGUUGGAAAAAUGUAAAAUCGCCAAACCCACUUUUAUUUCCCCCCUUCUCAACAUGAAAAGCGGCCAUAACAAUUUUUUUUUUUUUUGGAAUAGUUACAGACAGUGCAUGCACAUUACUGAACGUUUGUUAAAUAUUUGUUAUUUUUUAGAAAAACUGAAAAAAAACGACCAAAAAAAGUAAAAAAAAUACAAAAAAAAUAUUCUAACAAACUAACUUUCCAAAUGCAGAGGUGUAGACUCCGAUUGACAGCUUUAACACUGCAAAGCACCAGGUAACACACAGUAUUAACACAAGAGAUAAACAAAAAAAACACCAAAAACAGCCAAAGACUGACACCAAGGACCAAAAUCCUGAUUUAAGCGAUUUUCAAAAGAGGUUUGUUCACACAUAUUUAUUUCUGCAGGUUUUGUUCACACAUUCAUGGAACAACUUCAGUGUCAUAAAAGUCAUUUAUUUUACCAACGGCACUCAUCUUACAUUGUGAAAUGAGAAGGUGUGAAUUUAACAUAACGAGCAUUUUCACGACAGUGUUACAUUUUAACUGGAGCAAUAAUAACUAAUGAACACUGAUGACUUCUGUGACCAUUUUGAAGGACACUUUUCAGAUAUUUUUGGAUCUUGUUUUGUACAUUUUCUCAUUACACAAAUGUCAGAUAAAAAGUGGCCAUUUCAGCUUUAAGCAGUUAAGUUCUUUAUUCUUAAAGAGGUGAAUGUGAGACUGGGCUUUCACACCAAUGCCAUUUGCAGUUUUGUAUUUAUUUAUAUCAAAGUAUGUCAUUUUUUUUGCCGUUGGGAUAGAUAAUCAGUCGCAGCUUUGUUGUAAACCUUCAGUGUAAAUCAAACAGACCUCUCAUUCGCAGUAAGAGAGCACUUAUCCUGACGCACACAAAGGCUCUUCACCCCAAACACCCUUGGUGCUACACAGAAGCGCGUUACAAAUUCUGACCUCAAGGAACAAGUGGAGGCCCACAAAGGUUCUGGGCUGUUUGCUCCCUCUGUACUUCCUCAUCUCUCCCUUCUCGUUUAAAUAAGAUACACACCUGCAUUCUUGACUCUAAAGGGUUAAACGAUCCAAAAAGGUGUCUGACACCCGACUAGCGACUCCUCAGAAGCUGUGAAGAAGCAGCCAAGCUGUUUUAACACUAGUGUAUUUGAAAGUAUACAAUAAACGACAUGUGUGUUCAUCACUAUCAGGGCAAAACCUGGGUUAAAAAAAAAAGAAAAAAAAGACAAACAUUAUUGCUCAAUGAUUCUUUGAGAAGCUCUAUUUUUUUCUUUCUUCCCUCCUCUAUGUGUGUUUUGCUACAAAUUUCCUCGGUGGCAAACAAGUCUCACUCUACCUCUUACAGCACGAUAAGAGCAUCAGUCGCGGCGCUGAUACUGGUCUAGUCUAAACCAAAUGGGCACAAGAGAACAGGAAAAUAAAAAACCCAAAGUCGAAGCUCAUACAGCUGCAAAACCAUAUCACUACUUGGUAACAAUGCAGACCUCAUAAAUAAAUGAAACAUAAAUGAAUAGAAAUGAGAAAAAAAAAAAAACUUUUGUUAUGUUCCUUUAUGCCUGUGGCAUUUUUAGAGUACAUCAAGAGUGAAUUGUUUGAACAGAUUUUAAAAAAUUGUGCUAAUUUUAAAGAAAAGUGUCGUCGAUUCCUAUUUCGAUGAUACAAGCUAGGGUCACAGAUAAGAAAUGUUUCUCUCUCGCUCUUUUUUUUCUCUCCUGUUUUCCCCUCCACCUUUUUCUCCUCUUCUCUUCUCUGUUGUGAAGACACGCUAUGAAGCGCUUGUCGACUUGUCAGCGGGGGUAAAUUCAAAAGAGGGGGAAUAUACAAAAGCUUGUAAAAAAUACUAAAAUGGAAAAAAAAUAAAGGCUAAAAAUUCAGGCAUGCCUGUUUUUCACAAUAGGAGGAAAUUUUAUUUAAAUUUCCUACUUAUCCAGAAACAUUUGGGGCAAUGUGUGGGGCCGACAGUGAGCAGCGAAGGCCGUAGCAUUAAUCUGGGGGAGUGAGUUGAACUUCAGGGGUGGGAGGGAUUUUUUUGUUUUUUGGGGGGGGGGUUCUCUUGAGAAAAUUUAUUGUGAAAAAAAGAGCUCAAAUGAUUUGAAGUUGUUGUGCAAUACUUAAUUGAGACAUGAAAACCACAGGUUAGUGGUAGGCUGACGCUGGGCGGUCUCUCCAUCGCCUGGAGUCAGUGUCCUCUAGAGAGCUUUCCAGUCUACUAUGUCAGAACUGUGGUUUCUUGUUGAUUUUUUUUUUCUUUUUGUUUCUUUUUUUUAAUUCUUUUUUUGGGCUGUAAACUAUGGUCUGUCAGUCUGUGAAACUUUGCAGUAUAAUUCUGGUAUUGUUGUUCUCUUAACGGUGUAAUAAAUAUGUUAAUACCUGC